CCACGCACGCGAUCGCGGAGCUCCCACCCCCGCGGCUGCCUCCUAACGUGCGCACCUUCUCGCGCCGCCCCCCGUCCGGCCGCACCCGGUCUAAGGUGUGGUGGGUUUAGCUGAUCCCCUGGCUUGGAGCGCUAACGUGCGCCGUCGGUCCGGUGGCACUUUUUGGCUCGCCGGUCAAGAUCUGAGGAAACCUUUUAAUUCACAAAACACAAGGUCAACGUUCAGAGACAUUGGUCGUUCAGUCAUACCAUUAUGACUUGCUUCUCUUUCAUAUUUAAGAGGAUAGGUUGUUCAGGACAACAAAGUGAUCAGCAUCUUGAAGAUAUUCCAGGAAUUGAAAAUGUUAGAAUCUACUCAUACAAGGAAUUGAGAAAUGCAACUGGUGAUUUUAGCCUCACCAAUAAGGUUGGUGAGGGAGGUUUUGGUUCUGUCUACAAGGGAAAGCUUAAAGAUGGGAAGAUUGUUGCUGUAAAAGUGCUAUCCUCUGAGUCGAGACAAGGAGUACCAGAAUUUUUGAAUGAAAUCGCUGUGAUCUCUGGUAUCGAGCAUGAGAAUCUUGUUAGUCUGCAUGGUUGUUGCGUUGAAGAAACUCACAGAAUACUUGUUUACAAUUAUCUUGAGAAUAAUAGCCUUGCGCAAACCCUUCUUGGUUCUGGCUGCAGUAAUAUCCAGUUCAACUGGAGAACACGGGUAAGAAUUUGCAUUGGUGUUGCUCGUGGACUUGCAUUCCUGCACGAGGAAGUCCGGCCUCAUAUAGUUCACCGGGAUAUUAAAGCAAGCAAUAUUCUUCUUGAUAAGGAUCUUACUCCCAAGAUUUCCGAUUUUGGUUUAGCAAAGCUUCUGCCACCAAAUAUAACCCAUGUCAGCACUCGAGUCGCUGGAACAAUAGGUUACUUGGCUCCUGAAUAUGCAAUUAAGGGGCAAGUGAAUCGGAAGUCAGAUGUGUACAGCUUUGGAGUACUCCUACUAGAAAUAGUUACUGGCAGGUGUAACACAAACACAAGGUUACCUUAUGAUGAACAAUUUCUACUUGAGAGGACAUGGAAUCUAUACGAGCAUGGUGAGAUCGCAAACAUCAUAGAUACUUCGUUAACUGAUGAUUUAGACGUCGAUGAAGCUUGCAAGUUCUUGAAGGUUGGGCUUCUUUGCACACAAGACACUGUGAAGCUUCGCCCUUCAAUGUCUAAUGUUGCCAGGAUGCUGACUGAUGAAAAGGAUGUCAACUUAGAGAAAAUCACAAAGCCUGGACUACUUAGUGACUUGAUGGAACUUAAAGUUAGAAACCAGAACAAUGUUAAUGAUCCCCAUACGACCUCCCUCGUAACAUCUGGUCAUGGUAGUUCACUCUUGUCAUCAGAAAAUACUACACAUGCAUCCAUGACCUUCACAGUGAUAUCAGAUUGAGCUGAAACAUCACUAAGAAAAGAAUUCAUCUCGAGGUACAUAACUUCAUGUAUAGUCCAUGUAACUUUUUUUUUUGUGAAAAAAAAAUUCUGUUGUUUGAUCCUUGAGUACAUGUUCUUUUUUUUCUAAAUACUCUGGGAUACCGAUAGUUGUCGAUCUGGGUAUUUGCUGGAGCUUAAAAGACUUGAAGGCAAAUUUUUUUUAUCUUGAGCAUCAAGAUGGAAUUAAUGCUCGAUUAUUUUUAGAUGAUCACUUUUAAAUGAA